GGGGAUUCCUUGAUGGAGGGAGUUCCGGUGGUGUCACGAGGGAAAUGUUGGGACAGAACGGCUCCAAUGGCGAAGUUGGAGGCCUCGGUGGUGACGUAGAAAUGGCGAGUGGGGUCGGCGAUCUCGAGGACGGGGGCAGUGGUGAUGAGUUGUUUUAUGGCAUCGAAGGCGUUUUGGCGGCGGUUGUUCCAAGUGAAGGGUUCGUCCUUGCGGGUGAGUUCGUGGAGAGGGUACAAGAUGUCGGAGAAGUUGCGAAUAAAGGGGCGGUAGUAGAUAGAGAGGACCUGGCGGAGAUGCUGAAGGUGGGUCUCGAAGGUGGGGCUAUAGACGAGGAUGUCAUCGAGGUAGACGACAACACAGACUUCGAGGAGGUUGCGGAAGAUGUGAUUCAUGGUGGACUGAAAUGCGGCAGGGGCAUUGUCGUCGACCGUUUUCUAUGGACGGAAGGUGGAGGUGAUGAGGGUGGCCCCCUCAAGGAAGGUGUGAGGUCGGAGAUUGGCGUGAUGGCGGUUGGUCAUGUCGGUGUACCACCAGCGAGCGGCACUUGCGAGGAGUCUGCUGCCGGCGAUGGGGAGCUAGUGGAUGACAGGGAUGUUGUGGAGGGAGAAGUGGUAGAUGCGGGCGGAGGUGUGGAUGACGUGCUGGCGGAGAGGACGGUGGACGUGGACAGGGAGGGAAGUGGUGCGGAUGUUGUUUGGGGGGAGGUUGUGAAGACCGUGAUGGCGGGGGUGUUUCCUUCGAUUGUCGUGAUGCGGUUGGAGAUGGUAGAGAUGGAGGUCUUUAUGUCGGUGAUGGAGGUGUUUACGAGGGAGAUGGAUGAUUGGAGGGAUUUCAUCAUCUGGAGUAGGGCCGCAAAGUCGGGUGCGGCGGGGGUUGCGGCUGGUUGGUCACCUGCGAGAUUGCGGGUGAUGCUGUCGACGGAGUCGGUGCUGCAGCAUGGUGGGGGAGGAAGCGGUGCCACAGGGUACACAGCCCCAGCAGAUGGCACAGCAGCAUGUGUCACAGGGUCCACAACCCAAGUGAUACAGGGACCAGGACAAACACAGUGGGUACCAAAGACGGCCAUCGCCGCUCCUAAACCCUUCACAGGGGAUAAGAGGGGCGAAGACCUCGACACGUGGUUGAGGGCAGUGCCGGUCUAUGUCAAGUGUAAGCUUACCUUGCCGCACGAGGAAGUGCUUGUGGCUGCAUCCUAUCUAGAGGGUAGUGCAGCACGAUGGUUGAGCGAUUUAGUGCAACUACAGGGGUACGGUCAUGACUUCCGCGCUUGGGCAGCCCACCAGAAACUGGAGGACUUCCUCAAGAUGGUGGAAGAAAGGUGGCAUGAUCCUCAGGAGGCCCAAAAGGACACUGAUGCGAUCUUGACACUGCACACGAGGCAGUUUAAGUCAAUCAAGGAGGCCACCGACGCUGUGGAGCGUUUGAUCUGUGUCCCUGGGGUGCGCUAUGACCCCCAGGUUUUACUCACCUCCUACCUGAGAUGCUUUCCAAUGCCUCUCAGGAAUCAGUUGGCAGGUGAGGCCAACAUCAAUGUUCACAACUUCCCCUCGUUCAGCAAGAAGGCCCUAGACCUUGAGGCGAAGAUAGGGCAUGGACAUAAUCCCACAACGGAGGGUAGGAAGAAGACACUGCCUCCCAACUGGAAAACGAAGGGCCGCAUUAUGUUUGUCGGUAACGAUGGUUCAACCAUCGAGUUAGACGACAACUUCCAAGAAGGAGUAGGUUCAGAGGUUGGCAGCGUAGAAGCUUCAGAGGGUGGAGUAGUCACUGCCGUAGCUCAGAAAGGUAAGGCGACUGGUCGACGCCGUGGAGGUCCCCGGUCUAGGAGUAAAGUUGACCCCAAUGCUCCUCCAUGGGAGAAAGCGGGUCUCACAAAGGACAUGUGGAGAGAUCGGUAUACACAGCUGGCUUGUAUUCGUUGUGGUCAAUAUGGCCAUAACCAAUUCAAGUGCCGCAACAAGAAGGUGACCGAUAAGAUCCCGCCUACGAUGGGGCAGGCUUUGGGAUCCUCCCAUCCCGUUGGUAGCAACGUAGCUAAUCCUGAUAAGCCAUUUAUAGUAACUACGGAUGCUAGCCAAUAUGGCAUAGGCGUCGUACUUGCACAACAGAAGGGGAAAAAAUUGAGGCGAGUUGAGUACAUGUCCAAGAAAAUGCCGUCUCAGAAGUUGGCGAAGUCCACCUAUGAGAAGGAACUCUAUGCGGUUUACAAGGCUCUGACCCAUUGGAGGCACUACCUCCUUGGGAGGUUCUUCACCCUCAGGACUGAUCAUCAGACCCUGAGAUGGAUGAGAACUCAGUCGGUACUCUCUGGCGCUCUCAAGCACUGGAUCAAAGUCAUUGAGCAGUACAACAAGGUUGCUGAUGCCUUGUCGCGUAGACCUGAUUUCUCAGAGCUAGGCGAAAUGGCAACGGAGGAGGAGACAGAUAACCGUAAGAGUGAAGGAGAACCAGGCUUAGGAGGCAGUGUUGCACAAAGCGAAGGGGGACAGAAGGACCGAGAGUCGAUAAACCCGGAUGGACUUUGGAGCCUUAGGGAAAGAGUGUUGGGAUGGUUUGACCCGGAAGGAACUAUGAAAACCAGGGAAGAACAGAAGGCCGACAAGGAAGGUCCGGAUAAUAGUAUGGCAGGCGAGGCCAGCAGCUCCGAGGGCAGCCUUAAGAAGGUAGUGUCGUCCCUCGCGAAAGCACUAACCAAAAAUCAAGGCUACCUAGCGGAUGCUAAGAAAAAGUUGACGUUUGAUGGGGCAAACAUCACAGAAUUCCUGAUAGAUUAUGAGAAUUUGGUUGCGUUGUUGAAAUGGACCGAAGAAGAGAAGAUGGACCACCUGGGGCAGCACGUGUCUUUGAGCCUAGGCCGGGACAUAAUGGCCAUUGUGGCCGCGAGCCGGUCUUGGAAAGAAACUCGGGAUGUGAUGAUGAGAAAGUAUCUGGCAGCAGAGAAGAUGGCAACGGAGGUCGAUUUAGCGGCAGUCCAGAGGAAGAACUUCGCAACGUACAAUGACUUCCUACGGGAGUUUACCUUGGUAGCACUGAGAAUCCCCGGAGUUACGGACCGAAUAAUGAGUAAGUACUUCCUCCGGCAGUUCUCCGAGUUCGAUAAGGACAAGAUUAUGUCGGCUUACCAACAGAUGAGCAAAUUCGUAAACACUAGGGAUGUUGAUUUCAAUACUGUAACGGAUCUAGCCGAAAAGACAGUAGUGACAGAGACAUUGGCCUUGCUUAAGGAAGGGGAGGUCAUAGAUCUGACUGGUAGAACAAGCGACAAGGUAAAGAAGGGGAUUGAAAGCCUACAUGAGCGGGUGCACGGAGUUGACAGUAAAAUUGAGAGGAUGGAGGGCGCACUACUGGUUAUGCAGGCACAAGUAUCCCGAUCCGCCCUCCCUCCCCAUGAAGCUGUGGUUCCGCCAGGUGUAGCCAACCGGGGAUUCAGACGGAGAGAUCCUGCUAACGAGCAAUGCAAGUACUGUACCGUGAUGGGACAUUAUGUACGCGCAUGUCCAAAGCUCAACCAUGAUAUCUUAAAAAGAAGAUGCACCAGGUCCUUAAAGGGAGAGAUAUUCGGACCACAGGGGGAGCGGGUGAAUUGGAACUCACCAGGGGGAAUGCGAAGAGCCGUUAUCAUGCUCAACGGAUUAGAGAUAACAACCGUAGAAGCUGAGCCGGUGGUCGAUAUCGUUUGGGAUCAACAGCGGGGCCGCGGGCCGCAGGUCAACUUUAUCUUGGAAAGCGAUGGACGUGAUAGGAUAAACGCGACCACUCGACUAGGGACGGCUGGGAGAAGGAUAAACCGUGAUGCCAUUAUGGAGGAGGUUGUCGGAAGCUCCGAACUCCAGGCAGAGCCUGAGGCCGAGGAACCAGAGAAAGUCUAUGGGAAGCCUAGGGAAGAGGAGCCUGCGGACAAGGUUACCGCCGCUAAAAAGAAGUUUCGGUAUCAAAUCCCGAUCUUAAACUCGCCAGAGAUCGACGACACCAUUAGCAAGUUGUUAGGAACCAUGGUAUCGGUGUCUUUCCAGACCAUGCUGCAAGCUAGUCCUAGGUUGCUCAAAGGGCUUAGACAACUGUUGACUCGGAGGCGAGUAGAAAUAGGCGACAACCCCGAGUUACCGGAGGGGGAGAAGGAGGAGGAAGCUCCGCAAGAAGUGGCUAACCUUCAGAGGAGUCGUGGGGACUUGGAGGAUCUCGAAAAAGCUUUUGCGGACAUCCGCUUGAGCUUGCCCGACCGAGAGGGCGGCGAGGUCAUGAGGUCACCACCCGGGACAAAGCUUAGCUUUCAUGCACUGCCCGUAGGAAAGCUGAAAGUCCAGAUCGGGAGUCAUCAUACUGACGCAUUAGUAGACGGGGGAGCGGAAAUCACUCUCGUAAGAAGAGACUUCGCGACGAUCACGAGAUGUGCGGUAAACAAGGAAGUAACCGGGAGCAUCCGGGGAGUUGGCGGGGAAAUCCCGUUCGCUGGGUACGUCACGAAGUGCGACGUGAAGGCGGGAGUCCGGGAAUCGAUUUGGUCGUUUCAGCGGAUGACCGAAAUGGAGGAUAUGGACCACGACAUAAUUCUCGGAAGACCGUGGUGCGCGAACGUAGAGAUGAUAGGCAUGCACUUGCACGAUGGCUCGUACAUGAUAGACAUAGAGGAUCCUGUGACCGGCCAGGGAGAGCUCCUUCGAGUCCUUGGAAUUGGAGGAGAUCCCCCGAAGGGAAAAUUGGCAACAUGGUCGCCGUCGUUCGAGGAUAGCACGCGAAAAGGGGCUUUCGCACGGAUGGAGGGUAUGAGAGAAAGGGUAGAAAUCAUGAUUGAGGAAGCGUUCAACAAGAAGGAAUGGAUCAAGAUGGGCCUGCCCCAGAAGAAGAGGAGGCAGGAGGACGAAGUCCUAGGUGUUAUGGUGGCAGAAAAGGAGUCAGAAGUCCAACUUGGUGCUAGCUUGCCGAAGCAAAAAGAGGUACGCAUAGACGUGCCAGAAGUCGCACUUGAGAUCCCCGAUCUGUUACAACUCGUCAAGGCCCUCAGAUACCACAAGGUAGGGGUGGACUCAGCAGCCUUGGCCAAGUUCAAAGGGGAGGUGCAUAGGGGGUAUUGCCUGAAUGGGAAACUAGAUCCAAAAGGAAAAGAGAAGAUGAAAUUCGGCAACGAAAACGACAGCGGGGCGGUCAACAGGGCAACCGGAGGGGAGGGAGCAGGACCAAGCCAAGGAAGGAGAGGGGCAAAGAGAAAGUUGUACAUAGGACUCAUGGGUGGGCCAAUGUUAGGCAGGGGUGGAAAGAAAUGCUUGUGUAGGAAGCCCUCACCCCUCCGCAAGGGAGAAGGCAUUGAAAUAUCGUCUGACAGUGAGGGAGAGAAGGAAAGGGCAAAUGUGGAAGAAGGAGGCAAUACGGGAAUGGGAGAUGAGUUUCGGGUCCCUAACGAGGAAGGGGCCAACAAGGGCAAACGACGUGAGAUUUGGCAUGGGGAAAGCGAGGGGGAACAAGGUAUGCACAAUGAACGUGAGGAGGACGAGGAGAAAAGGGAGAGCCAGCUGGAAGGACGAAGUGGUCAUGACAGUUGCGAGGGGUAUGGGGCGGGGAUAGAGACCCUUUUUACCUACGAUCCAAAGAACCUUGGUGGUGGAUAUAGCCCCAUACGGAUGGAGGACGAGGAGGACGAGGAGGAAGAUGUGCGGGAAGUCAUAGAAAUCAGCAGCAGGGAUGAGAGGGAUGAGAUCUCAAGGCCUAGGGAAGAGGGGCGGCCUCCGAUGCACCAGCCGGGCGACGGGGCUUUCAGAUGGGAGGACGAGUUUGGGCCGACACCUAGUCAUUGGUUUCAGCAAUGGACCAAUGCGAUCAGGCACGAGUGGAUUGUCAAGACUCGGGAACUCGCAAGGGCGGGGGUGGAAGCCACGCCACUGGAUUUUUUUAACGAGGAAGAGUUGCGAAAAAUUGUAAGGAUAAGGAGAGAAAUCGAGACCUUCGGCCUGGGGGUUAGAUAACCGGUUGAGGAACAAGGUGGACCAGGAAGCAAGUCGAGGCACAGGACAGCAAUAGGCAUUAGAUGU